AUGCAUAUACUUAGUUGAAGGACAGAUUCUCAAAUGAUAUAUUAAAUUCUGAUUGAACGUUUAAGUAAUUUGUGAAUUUUUACCUGCAUUUUAUGCCAGCAAAAUGAUAAUAAUCGAUUUAACACUCGCAAUAUCUCUUAUGUUUGUUCUUGGGGUCUCAUGCAAAGAGUUAAAAACUCGCUCGGAAUUAAAUAAUCUUUACAAUUCAAAAGUAAUCAAGGCAGACUACGUGGUAAGGCCCAUAAAUUCAUUUGGAAGUAGCAGCUCUGGCAAAUCUAGCAGCCGCAGUUCAUUGUUGACAGGGAUGAAUACAAACUUUGACUAUUACCCACGCCAUGCAGGAGUUGUCGUUACCGUAGAGAACGGAGACCGAUGGUUGAUACACAAGGGAAAGGAAUUUGCAAAGCAAGAUGCACCCUCCACCGUCAUAAGAGAUGCUAGCUACAUGUCCUCUAAAUGGAGUCAGCUCGAAUCUAAGUCGCUCAAGGACUCUGGACUCACACUGAAUACAUUUAUGAAGAAUGGCCUGGUAUCAAAACCCUACAAAGUCAUCGGAGCCAAUUGCCAGACAGCAGCAAACGGAAUGUGGAAACUAGUGGAGGACUGUAAAUCGUAA